UGAAUAUUGAAACAGGUUGCCUGGUGGUCGGGAGGCGCUCGAGUCAGCAUCCCUUCUGCUUCCCCAUCACCACAACCCAGCAUUCAGAAUCCGAUAAAAACACCCAGAAAAGCCUCAGGGAUCCUGCUGAAGAGAAUGGAUGUUGUAGAGGAUGAUCUGAGCCUCUGACACCAUCAUGAACCCUUCCUCUGCCGACUCGUCGCGGCAGCCAGACAAUAGCAGCCGGAAGCAGCAGCGGUCCUCAUCUCCGGCCGGGCUCAAAGACAGUGGAUCUAAAUCUGCGCAGAAGGGCAGCAGCACGUCCAAGCCCACCACCUCGAAGCAAGCAGCAGGAGCAGGUGGAGGAGGUAGAAACAGCCGAGGUCAUUCUCCCGUCUCCACAGGCAGGGAGCGGCAGGCCGGAGGCGCUUCUUCCGGCAGAGGCGCGGCUGCUGUCCAGGCUUCUGGUGCUGAAAGCCCGACGCUCAGCAGGUCUGCAGACAGGAGCAACACCCAGACACCGGAAGACUCCUCCCGCCUUGUUGCUGAUGCUUCCUCUCCUUCCAGAGGGGAUGCGAACCGCGUCGUCUCCGACCAGCCCUGCGCAUCCAAAUCCCCCAAACUGAGGAGCAAAAACCCCAGAGGAGGGGAGGCCGGCGCUGCGACGAGCGGCAGCAAGAAGAGCUCCAAAGGCACAGUCGGCUGCGGACCAGGUUUCUGGAAGGAGGGAUGCUUGCAAUCCGAGCUAAUACAAUUUCACUUGAAUAAGAGCUUGGGGAAGAAAGGGACAAAGAUGCAGACGAAAUCAGCAUCACCACCGGCAUCAGAGCCGGAGCUGUCUCCAGAGCCAGACCCUCCAAAACAGGCUACCCAGCUAGACCAGGGACAACAAGAGGAGAUGGAGAAGCUGCUAGAUGAAAACGAUGACCUUAAGACUGAGAUCGAGGAGAUGCGGGCAGAGAUGGAUGAGAUGAGGGACACCUUCUAUGAGGAGGACGCCUGCCAGCUGCAGGACAUGCGCAGAGAGCUGGAGAGAGCCGACAAGAACUGCCGGAUCCUUCAGUACCGACUGAAGAAGGCUGAGAGGAAGAGGCUCCGGUUUGCAGAGAGCGGUCAAGUGGAUGGAGAGCUGCUCAGGAGUCUGGAGCAGGACCUCAAGGUGGCGAAGGAUGUAUCUGUGCGCUUGCACCAUGAGCUGGAGAAUGUGGAGGAGAAGAGGAUGAGGACAGAAGAUGAGAAUGAGAAGCUGAGGCAGUCGCUGAUAGAGGUUGAGGUCACCAAGCAGGCCCUGCAGAAUGAGCUGGACAAGGCCAAAGACCUCUCACUGAAGAGAAAAGGAAAUAAGGAUGGGCCGAAAGUAGAGAGGAGGGCUCCACAGACCCCUAUCGAGGAGGAAAAUGAUGAUUUAAAGUGCCAGCUGGCCUUCAUCAAGGAGGAAGCCGUCUUGAUGAGGAAAAAAAUGGCCAAGAUUGACAAAGAGAAGGACAGACUGGAGCAUGAGCUGCAGAAGUACCGCUCCUUCUAUGGAGACGUGGACAGCCCUCUGCCUAAAGGAGAGGCUGGAGGACCUCCGACCACCCGAGAAUCAGAGCUUAAACUCCGCUUACGCCUUGUGGAGGAAGAGGCGAACAUCUUGGGGAGGAAGAUAGUGGAGCUUGAGGUGGAGAACAGAGGUCUGAAGGCCGAACUGGAUGACAUGAGAGAGGACAGCAUGGUCGCAUCAGGAGUGGACAGCUCCGGCAGUGGAGGUCAGCAGUGCAGAGAGCAGGGCGAGGCUCUGUCAGAGCUCAGGCAGCAGCUGCAGCUGGUGGAAGACGAAGCUGAACUCCUCCGCAGGAAUUUAGCUGACGUGGAGGAAGAGAACAAAAAGGUGACGGGUGAGCUCAAUAAGCUGAAGUACAAGGCUGGAUCCCAUGAACCUGGAUCAAGACAUGGAGGAGGAGGAGGUGACCCCGCUAAAAUGGAGGCCCUGCAGGAGGAGCUGAAAGCAGCGCGUCUGCAGAUCAAUGAACUGAGUGGCAAAGUGAUGCAGCUCCAGUACGAGAACAGGGUGCUGCUCUCCAACAUGCAGCGCUAUGACCUUGCAUCCCACCUGGGCAUCCGUGGCAGCCCUCGGGACAGUGACGCAGAGAGUGACGGAGGACGGGACGAUGACAACCCUUCGGCAUCAGCAUCCUCCCCUCGCCUCCUCCCGCCCCAUCGUAAGCGUGAGGGCCCUAUUGGAGGAGAGAGUGACUCAGACGAGGUGAGGAACAUCCGUUGCCUCACCCCAACACGUUCCCUUUACUCACCUGUGGAUAGUCGUUUUUUAUCCCGGAGCCUGAAGGACCGACAACAGAUGAUAGACAUCCGCAUUGAGGCGGAGAGGCUGGGUCGGACCAUCGAUAGGCUCAUCACUGAUACCAGCACUAUCAUCGCAGAGGCCCGGGUGUUUGUCACCAACGGGGAACUGUAUGCAAGAAUGGAGGAGGAUGAAGAGGGUGGCAGAAUCAGAGAGCAUGAACUGCUUUACCGUAUCAACGCUCAGAUGAAGGCCUUCAGGAAGGAGCUGCAAAGCUUCAUAGACAGGCUGGAUGUCCCCAGGCAGGAAGACAAACAAGAAGAGGAGCCACUGUCUAUGUUUCAGCCCAUUAUUUUACUGAUCCUCAUUCUCGUUCUGUUUUCUUCACUUUCUUAUGCCACCAUUUUUAAACUGGUAUUCCUUUUCACCUUGUUCUUUGUUCUGUAAAGCACACGCUCAGUUUCAUAUUUUACACAUUUUCAUUAUUUAUUUGUUUUUCUUGUUUAUUUAUUCAUUUGAAUUCUUUUAUGUUUAACAUGCCACAUAAGGUCACUCAAGGUACAGGACAUUAUCAUUUUCCAUCUAUGAUCCAAGCCAAUUAUCUACUCAGAAGCUUUCAACAUUUACUGGAGACCAAACACCCUGGAGGAAUGGCGCAGCGUUAGGGAGGAGAGAACAGGAGGAUUCUGCUGGACCUGAGGAUAGUUUUGGAUGAAGUGCAGGCGGAGGUGAAGAGAGAGGAGGAGAAGAGGAGCGAUUUGCAGCUGCAGUACACCAGAGACAGAUGUUCCUGGGAGCUGGAGAAGGCUGAGCUCAAAUGCAGGAUUGCACAGUUGGAGACUAGAGAGGGUGCUGGUUUGGUCAGUGGAGGGGUCCAGUCAGCAGCAGGUCCUGGCUCUGUGGCGCCACAGAGCGCUCGAGGGCAGCACGGCGAGACAUCGACGCUCCGCCGGGAGAGGGAGGAGCAGCGGAGGCUCCUGGCGGACACACACUCCACGGCCAUGGACCUGCGUUGUCGUCUGGAGCACAACGAGAGGGACUGGUCAAGAGAGAAAGCAGAGCUGCUGGAGAGGUUCGACGUGGAACGGAGGGAGUGGGAGAGUCAGCUGAAGGACAUGCAGAGCAAAAUAGAGGAGCUUUACUGUGAAGUGAGAUCAAAGCGAGAAGGGACCGGACUGAUCAGCGGAAGGCAGGACCACGAUGAUGCUGCACAUCGGCUCAGCUUCCCCUCAACCAGCACGGGCUCCAGUCUGCUCAGCAGCAGCAGUCAGUCAGAAACAAUCAGACACUCACCGUUACCUGGUUUAGCUCACAGCAGAAACAUGUGCAGCAGUGCUUGUGCUGGCUCAGACAUCGAGCGGCCCACUCUGUUUCAAGCUGAUGACCUCUGUGAAUUAAACAUCGGUGGUCACUUCACUCAGAUUGGGAAGUUUCAUCCUGAGCUCCCUGAUGAGCAGAGAUGCGCCUGGCUGCAAGACUCAGUCACUGAAAGUAAGGAAGCUAUGGAUACAACAGAGCUGGAAGCUAUCUUUCGUAGGGCUCCUGAACGUGGAGUCCGGCAGAAGAAUUUCUCUAAAGGAACUGAAAACAAAGAUCAUAUGUGUCCUCAAGACAGUCCUCUGCGGGCAGAGUCGAGUUAUGGCAGCGACAAGAAGAAGAACACCACAGCUCUCAAUGCUUCUCCUCCUCUCUGUGUCUCAGGCUCUGAAGGAGAUAGCCCGUGUGAGUGAAGAGCUUUGUAGCUACCAGGAUGAGAUCAGAAAGAAGAGCGAGGAUAAGAGGAGUCGGUCUGAAUCCCUGUGUCUACCUGAGGAGAGAGACAAGCUGCGCAGUCACGAUGAUGCCAGACUGGAGGUGGAUGAAGCUCCCUGCGACCUCAGCCAGAUUUAUGACGACCUUCGAGCACUGGAGAGAGAAAACUGGAUCACCUUGACACCAGAUAACACCUGGCAGGCUAACAGAGGGCCGAGCAAAUCCUGGAGAGAGAACAGCCCUGAUCCAGAGAGCUACAGAGACACCCAGAGAAGCCCUGGAGAACUCUCCGACAUUGAUACAGCAGCUCCACCCAUCCCUCCUCGCAGCUCCUCCAGGAAUCUAAGUACCCCCAUCCUCCCAGACACAGAACUUCACAUCCCAGAGUCCCCUGUGACAACAGCUAGGAGAUGCCACAGCCCCUGUGUUCUGGUGGACAGAAAGUCUAGCAGCCCGUCUAUUGUGAGGAAGUUUGGAGCCAUGCUGCAGGAAAAUGAGGGCAAAGUUUUAAUCGACGGUGUGGUAGCCUCCUGCUCCGUACCUGCUAACUCCAACUGUAACCUGGGCUGCUGCCACAGCCGCUGGUCAUGUGAUGCAAGCAAGUUUACCAGCAGCAAGUUGUCUGCAUACGGGACUGUGCAGAAAAGCUUUUCUGAAGUCAGCAUAUUGACUGCAGGAAAAGGCUUGUGCUCAGAUUACAGCCCUGGUGUCCGGAACUUAAAAGAGCUACAAAUGCCUCCGGUUGUUAAAGAUGUACCUGUAGAUCUGCUCUUGUCCUCUCUCGAGAUAUCCCCUGCCAGUCUCAACCAGCAUGGCUCCAAAAGAAACAUAAUGCUGGAACAAAAAACCGCUGAGUUCAACAGAACUUUGUUUCAGGCAGAGAUGGGCCGUGCCGCAGAGGAACAAGACAUCCUUGCAGUAGCAGAUGUCUACUCUGCGGGAUGCACACCGGUCUUUUUAGCAACUAGUGCAUCACAUGAAGUUGAACCUCCCAGGGAGACAACAUUUCAGCAACACUGUAAUGAUGUAACCACUCGCGUCAUCAAUGUGAACCCUGAAGCCACAUUGUCUCUCUCCAUCUCAGACUCUAAGAUCCAGAGUCCGGAAGUUCAACUCAGGCGAAAAAGGUGUAGUCCUGAGGGUGAAGAGGUCAGAAUGAAGCAGGGACUCUCUUCUGACUUUUCAUCUCAGCAGCCACAGAUGGGACUCAGGGAGGCAGUCACAACAACCCCUGAGAGUCCUGCCCUCCAUUCCGAAGUCAAGCGCAAAGUUCGAACAGCAAGCAGUCCUUCCAGGAAAACGCAACACAGAGCAGCCACAGAGGCUCUCUUUUCAGAGCCUGCAAACACUCAGCCAGGUCAGGAUGUGGACGCUUCCAGCUCUAAGAAAGAGAAUCCCUGUGGAGCGAAGCCUCAGCCAGCCAGAGUCGGUGUCUCGCUCCAGCAGCCGUCAACUGAGAACAAACAAAGACAGAUGACAGAGCCCGGGCACCAGACACAGCCAAAGCAUGUGUCCACUCCUGCUUACCAGUCAGACUCAACCAGACCCGGGCCACGCAUGAUGAAUGACCAUCCCUGGAAGCCCCUCACUCUGGCUGCAUACCCACGGCCUGAGGGAUCUAGAUCUAACUACGGGGCAGUGGAGAGGAUUCUGAAGAAUUAUGAGAGUGCAGCCCGGGAAAAACAGAACCAGAGCCAGCAGGAGGGGAAGUCAAUAAGUCCAAACGUCAGUGUCAGGCAGGAUGAGAAAGUCACAGAACUGGACAUCCUGGACAUGGACCCUCUGCCCUUACCCCCCACCCUGAGACACACACAUUAUUCACACACCUCCCAGAUACACACUACACAUUCAAAGUCCAGCAGCCACUCUACCAAGGGUUUGAAAGAGAUACAUCUAACCGUGCAGGGUCAAGAAGACUACAGCUGGAACACGUGACAAGAUGAGAACGAAGACUCUUCAGUCUCCUCUUCCUCCGUCCAGAAGAACUUCUCGAGGCCGGCUCGUCCAGCUAACAGACGCCUCCCCUCCCGAUGGGCCAGCCGCUCCCCCACCUCCUCCUCCUCUGCUUCCUCUUCUCCCUCUAGCACCCCUGGUGCGCCUCCAUCCUUCCCCCUUCAGAAAAACACUUCCUCCUUUACCUACUCACACGCCUUUCACAUAGAGACUGUCAUCAUCUGACCUACAUCUAACUGUUUGACUGAACCAACAAGAAGCCUUGAGUGAUAACCUCCUGAUAUUUUUCUCAUUAUUACUGAUGUACAUAUCAAACCCAGACUGCUCCUCCACUCCUCCAGCAGACGCAGAAGUGCUUUGGUUUUGAGUAAGCAGCUCAUCUUGAGAAUGUAAGUGGUAUCCAGAGCAGCCAAACUGACCAAGGCAGGCAAGAGACGGAUCUGAAGCAGCUUCACCUUUUCAGCAGUGCGCUCUGUUAAACCGGCCGGGCUUUCUUUGUACGAGGAACAAUAACAUCCAACGCUUCAUUCUUUCAUGCCAUCAUCGGAAUGGAAAUCCUUUGCUCAGGUCUGGAUUCUAGCCUUGACUAUUGUAGCCUUGCAGAUCUAUCAACCACCGAUUCUCCACUACAGUACUUCCUCUGCUCUCUACUAGCUCACAGUGAAACAGUCUAAAAACCUUCCAGCCAAAUGAAAUGCAGAAUGAUAUAUUUAAUAUGUACUGUAUUUUGUAUUUCGUGUGCGACAUGUUUUGUGUGCUUUUUUCCACAAAAUUAUGUCACAUCCACGACAUGCAGCAUCAUGCUGGACUGAGAUAGCAUUCAUCUCACUGUGUUAAACAAAGCAGUGUUGCUGUUCUGCUUUGUUGAAUAUUACCUUCAGUACAUGCCUACACUGUACCUGACCUGUGACUAAUACAUUUUACUUUUCAUUUUUCAUGACUUCAUUAACACAAAAAUGUGAAUGUGAGUUCCUUUUUUAUAACUUUGUACCAAAGGCUGCUUUCUUUAUAUCUGUUUUCCUGAUUUGAAAAUGUAAUGCAUCAUUUGUAAUGGCAUUAUUUCUGCUGUCAAACCAUGGCUGGUGUUUUCUGAUCAACAUGUAUGUUAAGCAUCUUUCAUGCAGCGUUACAUAACUAAUAUUGCUUAUAAGACAAACAUGAGAGAGCCUUUUUUCUACCUUUACUAAUUGUGAACGGUCACAUAUCAGGACAUUUCUCCGCUGAGUAGUUCAGAGGUUUGGGUCAAAGUGGUGAAUCAUCAUGAUGAAGGUGAUGCCUUUGCUGUUCUUUUUGUGUAAUAAACAUGAUGAAUUAA